AUGGGCUCUCGACCUCCCUCUCAGACCAACGAGGCCGAUGCUUCUGCUUCCGCUUCCUCGGUGGCAUUGCCAAAGCGGACGCUGUCGAAGGCUGAACUGCAGCGCCGUCGGUCGACAGACACUCGGAUUAAUGACAUUCUUGAGACGGGUUUACAACGGGCAGAAACCAUGGAUCCCGCGUCCUUGAGCCUCCUCCAGAAGAGCUCCUCCCACAACCGCUCCGCCGACGAUGGAGCCUCCGGAACGCAGGGCUACCAGACGAUACACAACGGCGACACCGGCGAUGCGCCCCGGCCCAGGAGAGUCUCGUACAACGAUACGGCAACGGCAAGGAGAGUUGAGAGCCAUCCACGGAGCGAGAACCAGUCCCUGCGGCGGCGAAACGGAGCCUCGGGCUCGGGGGAUACAGAGGCGCCCUCAAAGCCAAAGUCAAAAGCGUCAUGGGCGAAACAGACCUUUCGCAAGUUUCACAGUCUCGAGCUGGAGAACAAGGGGAGCGUGGCCAGAGAUCACCUGGCCCUCGAGCGCACAUUUCUCGCAUGGCUACGAACAUCUCUCGCCUUUGCGUCCAUUGGCGUCGCCGUGACGCAGCUGUUCCGCCUCCAAACCAGCGGCUCGGCCUCCACCACCGAAUUCGACCACACGAAGCUACAGAAGAUGGGGCGGCCAUUGGGUGCGACAUUCCUCGGCAUCAGCAUCGUGACUUUGCUCCUCGGCUGCAGGAGAUAUUUUCACGCCCAGGAAUGGAUUCUUCAGGGCAAGUUUCCGGCCAGCCGAGGGACCAUCAUCAUCAUGUCAUUGGUGGCGUUGGCGCUCAUGAUCUUGUCCUUGGUGGUGGUUAUUGUUAUACGGUAG